GUUGGUUGUAAUCUUGUUCGCUUUUAUUGAUCAGUAGACAUUGGUGGAGUCGGCCUUGGUUAAAGUAGCGAAGACAAAGAAGUAUUUUCAGAAAUGCAGUCCCUCUGUCUACGUUUUACGCUUGGUCUGGUUCUUCUACAGUGUUUUGUGUCAACGGUUGCAAAAACAGUGACCUAUGGAAAGUAUGGCUCGUUCAGCGACGGCGCUCCCUUCGACAGCAAAGUCAUUAUAGUGAGCAGGCCUUUACCUGACCCUCCAGAACAAAUGCAAAUGGAAUAUUUCCUGUUUACGAGGGAAGACCGCAUCGGCUCUAAAAGYCUUGAUGACAGCGAUACUAACAAACUGAAGGAAUCCAGUUAUGAUGGUACAAAAAGGACUUUCCUCAUAAUUCACGGUUGGACUGGAAAACCACUAGAAUCCCCAUGGGUCAAAGAAAUGAAAGAGUCUUUACUAGAGAAAGAAGAUGCAAAUGUCAUUAUAACUGGAUGGAAAGAAGGAGCGGRCGACCUUUACUAUCCACAAGCCGUCGGCAACACACGAUUAGUUGGAGCCAUGGUAGCGGAGUUUAUCAAGUUUCUCAACACCCAAACCAACAACACUCCAGAAACAUUCCACGUGAUUGGAUUCAGUUUGGGUGCACAGGUGGCUGGGUAUGCCGGGAAAAGAUUUCAAGAAAUAACAGACUCAAAAAUUGCUCGUAUUACAGGACUAGAUCCAGCCUCUCCUGGGUAUAAAGGUACUCACACUGAUGUGAGACUAGACGCUACUGACGCCGAGUUCGUUGACGUCAUCCAUAGCGAUUGUCCCAAUGUAGGCACACCUGACAAAAGUGGAAAGUUUGACUUUUGGCCUAAUGGCGGUGGAAAACAACCUGGGUGUGCUAUCAAAAAAAGAGGGGCGGUUGAUAACAUCUUCAAAUUGGUGGGGUGCGAACAUUACCGAGCUCACCAAUACUUCAUCGAGUCCAUCAAAUCCACCGAGUGCUUAUUCCGUUCGUAUCCCUGCCAAAACUGGAAUGAGUUUACACGUGGCAAGUGCAUGGAGUGUGGAGCUAAUGGAAAGAACUGUCCAGAAAUGGGAUUUAACGCAAUAAAGUACAAGGAUUUAGAGGGUGGGAGCUUUUAUCUUAACACCAACUCAGAAGCUCCUUAUUGCGUUCCUCGCUACAUGUAUGUAACAUUUGGAACUGGUACAUCCAUUUUUGGAGGUGGACAUAAUCCAAGAGUUCGUAUCUCUGGAAGCAAAGGAAACACAGGAGAAAUCAAAUUCAASGGGGAACUUGAGAAAGGUUCCACCGAAAAGUUUCUUGCACCAGUUGGGAAGGAUAUUGGAGAACUUAAAUCGGUUGAAGUAAAAAAUAACCGAAUUGAUCCUUGGAAAGUAACGAAAGUUACUCUUCAAUAUAUUGACGGCACUGACAGUUACCAUGCUUGCUUCAACGUCAAUGUGUAUCGCUCAUUCAAGAAGAGAGAUCUUACACGCGGUAACGCCCAGUGUAAGCGAAAACACUCCAUAAGAGGACCUCGAAAUAAAGACCGACAUAUUGGAUCGGGAGAACAUGGAGAAAAGAUUGUCAAGUCAACUUUGCAGAAGAAAGGACGACUUCACAAGAUUUUGAAGAAUAAAGCAUGACUUUAAAGAGAAAACUACGUGAUAAAAUCCACCGGAUGCAUUAUGAAACUUAACUUUAAUCGAUCCAUACCAUUUUCCAGGCUCAAAUAAAAUUCAAACUCAAAA